ACACCUUCAUACUAUGGACACAAUCACAAAUUGAACGAAAUUAACCAUGAAUUACUAUUCUUACAAAAUGAUGUUCAUCUUCUUCGGCCUUCUUUCCAUGAUAUCAAUUAGAACUGAGAGUUCGAUUGUUCCAACAGCGGACUUCAACAAGGAUUUCUUCGUGACAUGGUCUCCUAGCCAUGUAAACACGUCAGCUGAUGGCCAUGAAAGAAGCCUCAAGCUCGACCAAGAAUCCGGUGCUGGUUUUGCUUCGAAUCAGAUGUUCUUGUUCGGACAGAUUAACAUGCAAAUUAAACUAGUCCCAGGUCAUUCGGCAGGCACAGUUGUAGCCUAUUAUCUGAGUUCUGACCAACCAAAUCGUGACGAGAUAGACUUUGAGUUCCUGGGCAAUGUUGAUGGCCAACCAUAUAUUCUGCAGACAAAUUUAUAUGCCAAUGGGUUUGACAAUCGCGAGGAAAGAAUCAAUCUCUGGUUUGAUCCAAGCAAGGACUUUCAUACCUAUUCUAUACUAUGGAACCUUCACCAAAUCGUGUUUAUGGUGGAUUGGGUCCCCAUAAGAGUAUACAGAAACCAUGCAGACAAAGGUGUGCCAUUUCCUAGGUGGCAACCAAUGAGCAUCAAAGCCAGCAUAUGGAAUGGUGACAGCUGGGCAACAAGGGGUGGUCGUGAUAAAAUUGAUUGGUCAAAGGGUCCCUUCAUAGCUUCGUUUAGAAACCAUAAGAUUGAUGCCUGUGUUUGGAGUGGAAAUGCAAGGUUUUGUAGGGCUGAGAAUUCUGCUAAUUGGUGGAACAAAGAGAGGUACAGCACCUUAACAUCCACUCAAAGAAGGCUGUUCAGAUGGGUUAGGAAGUACCAUGUGAUCUAUGAUUAUUGCCAAGAUAAUGACAGGUUCAACAACAAUCUUCCAAAGGAGUGUUUCCUGCCCAAGUAUUGAUCAAAAUUACAUAAAAAGGAAUUUUUUUUUUUUUAAAUGCUUUGAUAAUCUUACUAAUUAAAUUAAUAGUCAAUAUAUGAGGUUGAUAUAAGAGAAGAUGAAUUAUAUAUAUUUUAAGAUCGUAAAGGUUCAUUUGAAUCAAAGUAUUUGUAUCUUGGAAGUAAAGUAAUAUUUUUAGUGGCAUAAUUACUAGGAGGUUGUUACCUAAAAAGAAAGAAAAAAAGAAAAAGAUUCUUGAUCGUUUUAUUUUGUUGUAUUUAUUAUUUUACUUACAUAAAGGAUGUGGGAGAACAAAAUCCAAGUUAA